AUGACUGAAAGAAUUCUGGACCCUAGUCUGUCCAGCCGGUUCCCUGUGAGACGCGCCGUUCGCACCUUUGAAUGGCACGACACCGAGACCGUUCUCGACAAGGCCGAUCUCGGCAAUUUUGAAGUUUUAGCAUUCGAAACGCUGCAGCAGAUACUCGUUGACACUGAUCUUCGCGGCCUCAUCCGUCUCCAGGGCGUCAGCAAGAGCAUGAGACGUGCCGUGGACACGAUUCGCGAAUUUCACACCAUCCUUCGCUGCGUUCCUGAUGUCAUCCGCAUCAUGACUGCCUCCAAGAUCGACACCAUGGUGUCUUGCCGCGACCUCUACAAUGCCCUCAUUCGACCCAUGUGCUACCUGUGCGAUGAGCCUGGCCAGUACCUCUACCUGCUUGCCUGCCAUCGUCUCUGUUCGACGUGUCUCACGACGAACCUGCGAUACCGACCACUCCGCCCCAUGCAGGCCGCGCAGCAGUUUCGUAUGCAUAUGAGCAUGGUUAUGCGUCUACCGAAGCUCGAGGUACCUAAAUACUCGCGUAAGUCGCGGUACCGACGCAAUCGAAUCAACUCCACGGGCUGGCGCCUGAUUGACCGCGAGAUUGCCCGGCGCCGCGGCAUCGAGCACCACGGCUCAUCAGAAAGGUUGAUGGAAGCCAUCGCUGGCAGAUUAUCUUGGUUACAAAGCUAUUCGCCUCAAGUUUUCAGGAGGAGAGAUAGACUUUUGAGCUAUCAAGAAACACCACCUGUCGAGGCUUCCUGGUCAGCGUCUGUCUUGUUUCCUUACUACGAUCAGGACACCGGUUCGGUUGGUAUACCAGUCACGUGCGUGGCUUGUCGCGACUACCAUGCAUCGCCGGUGUACAUGACUGUAGAGUGCUACACGAAACAUCUCAUUGCCAUGGGCAAUGUCGAGAACGGAGUCCAUCGCAAGCGUCCUUCGUCUAGUUAG